UCAGUAAGCUGUGAACGAUCGGACGCACCAGAUCGACCGAGAAAGUGUGGUCGUCGCCGCGUCGUCGUCUUCUAACCACCACCGGACCUGCCGUCGCCGUCUGAAAGGAACCGAGACCGGGAGCCGCCCUCCCCAGUGCGAACCCUCUCCCACCCCGCGACCUGCUCCACCAAGUUGGGUCUUUGCUGGACGGGACGAGAAAAACGAAGGAAAAAAAAAGUUGAAGAGUGCCAAUUUUGGGGGAAAAUACGAACGAGAGAGGUUUUUCCAAACGGUUUUUCCGGAUAAGUUAUUAUUAGUGAAGUUCCUAAAUUAGUGCGUGUCGUGCCCAUUUCUCUACCUUCGGGAAAAUUCGGGGCCAGAUGAAGAAAGGGAAAAUUAAAUAGAAAAUACCACAAAGGGAACAGGAGGAAAAUCAACGAGAGAAUUUUCGGUGUUGACAUUAGUUUUUCCCUAUUAUUUUUGGAGUCUUCUGGUAAAAAUAGUUCCAAAGUGCCCCCAACUUGUGCUGACCGUGGAGGAAAAGUAAAGGGUCAAUUAGUGCUGUGAUCAUCAGAAAAAGAAAAUAUAAAUAUUCCCAACAAGUCCAACGGAAAAUUCAAGUUGUAACAAGUGUGGUGCUACUCCAAGUGUGUGUUCCCGCCAGUGUUCGGGAGAGUGUUACACCUGCCUGAAGCUGGCAACGAUUCGGUUCUGCUAGGAGGAGAGGAGGAAACGAGCCCUUGGGCCUCAAGGGGGCCACCAUGGGCACCCCCGUUAAAUGGUUAAUAACGACCACGCUUCUUUUAUGGUUCGGACAGCAUACUACGGCGCAAUUCUGGCAAGAUCUCACGGGCGGCGUGGGCUUGUUCAACCGAAACGAUCGAGACUACGCGCGACCACCGGCACAGCCGUACAUCGAUCCUAGCUACAAUGUGAUAGACACGGUCAGUGGUGCCCAAGGGCCACCUUCGCGGAACUGCACCUCGGGAACCGGAUGUUGUACGCCAAAGUGUUUCGCCGAAAAGGGCAACCGAGGUUUCCCGGGACCACCGGGCUUGCAAGGCCCCAAGGGUAUGCAAGGAUUCACCGGUGCCGAAGGUUUGCCCGGAAGCAAGGGCUCCAAGGGAGAACCAGGUCCGAUUGGACCGCUCGGAGUUAAGGGUGACCGAGGUCGCGAAGGUCUGCCCGGAUAUCCGGGUGUUCCCGGAACCAACGGACUACCUGGAGUAGCCGGUGCACCAGGUAUCCCUGGUGUUGACGGUUGCAACGGAACGGAUGGACUUCCCGGAUUGCCUGGUCUCAAGGGUGAACCCGGUCCUCGAGGUUAUCCCGGUAUUCGAGGUGACAAGGGAGAAAAAGGUGAAGGUGCUCGUGAACCGGAAAACUACAACAAGGGUCAAAAGGGUGAACCAGGCCACGAUGGUGCUGAAGGUCUGCAAGGGCGACAAGGAUCACCGGGUGAGCGAGGCUCCGAAGGACGACCAGGACAGCCCGGUAUUCCUGGACCCGGUGGCCCCAAAGGUGACAAAGGUAUCAAGGGCUUCUGCAUCAAGGGUAUCAAGGGUGAAAAGGGUGAAAAAGGUGUCGAAAUUGGAUCUGUCAGUGGAAGCGAAACGGUAACUGGUCCCCAAGGUCAAAAGGGCGACAAAGGUAUAGAUGGAGUGCCCGGCAUUUCCGGCGAGAAGGGACAAGCUGGAGAACGUGGACCGUCUGGCGAUCGUGGCUUGAAGGGAGAAAAGGGUCUUCCGGGACAACCUGGUCCUAGAGGUCGCGACGGUAACUUUGGUCCAGUUGGUUUGACGGGACAGAAGGGUGACCGAGGUAUCGAAGGAUUGCACGGAUUGAAGGGUAAUCCAGGUCCCAAAGGUGAAUCUGGAAGAGACGGUUCGGCUGGAUUGCAAGGUAUUCCCGGACCGCCAGGUCCUCCAGGUGGUGGUGAAGGACGUCCCGGUGCUCCUGGACCAAAAGGUCCCCGCGGUUAUCCUGGUCCGCAAGGUCCCAAAGGUAUGGAUGGAUUCCCGGGUGAUCCAGGACCACGUGGUCAAGUCGGUCCCAAGGGCGGCCAAGGCAUUCCUGGACGACCAGGUCCGGAAGGUUUCCCCGGUGAUAAGGGCGAGAAAGGAGAAGGUGGUGCUAUAGGAUUACCUGGACCGCAAGGACCACGUGGAUUCCCCGGUGCUCCUGGAGCGGAAGGUCUCCGAGGAGAUACUGGUGAGCCGGGAGUUGGUAUUCCUGGUCAGAAGGGUAACCCCGGUAUGGCAGGAUUCCCUGGUUUGAAAGGACAGAAAGGUGAAGCUGGUUUCAAGGGAUUGAUGGGUGCUCCUGGUGACGCGAAGGAAGGUCGCCCUGGUCUGCCAGGUAGACCGGGUCGUGACGGAGAAAAGGGCGAGUCAGGUCGACCAGGUUUGCCAGGACUGAAGGGAGAACGUGGUGACAAGGGAGAGAUCGGAGGCCGUUGUUCGGACUGUAGGCCAGGAAUGAAAGGCGAGAAGGGAGAACGAGGAUACGAUGGAACACCUGGGCGCCCGGGUACACCUGGACCGUCCGGCGAACGUGGUUAUCCUGGAGAAAUGGGUAUUGAUGGAAGUCCUGGACUGCGUGGUGCACCUGGUCAAAAGGGAGAGCCUGGAUUAGCCGGCAUACCUGGUGCUGAUGGUGAGCGCGGAGAAUCGGCCAUUGUCGAUCUGAAUCAGAUCAAACCGGAAAAGGGCGAACGAGGUGAACGUGGUGAACCAGGUCCGUAUGGUCCGAAGGGAGACAUCGGUCCCAGAGGCCCAAUUGGUCAACCCGGUCAGAGAGGCUUCACAGGUCCCAAGGGAGAUAAGGGAAGGCCCGGAGAGCCAGGAAUCGAUGGAACACCUGGUGCUUCAGGACGUGACGGUACUCCCGGAAAGCCGGGAGAAUCAAUCCGAGGAGAAAGUGGUGCUAAGGGCAACCCAGGUUACCCAGGUUUGAAGGGUGACAAAGGAUACGCUGGUCUUAAAGGAGAGGCAGGUGUUUGUGCCUCUAUUCCACCAAAUCUAGAAGCUGCCGUUAAGGGUCCUCCUGGAGCGCAAGGCGAAAAAGGUUUUACUGGUCCGCAGGGUCCUCAGGGCGAUAAGGGAGACAAGGGAGAUCGUGGUUUGACUGGUCUUGGUGGUAUUCCUGGUCCGCAGGGUCUUCCUGGUCCGGUUGGUCCGAGAGGUUUACCAGGCCCUCGCGGUGAAAAGGGUAAUCCUGGACCUAUGGGCUUCCCCGGCAACCCAGGUAAGGAUGGUAAUUCUGGUAUUCCUGGUCUACCUGGAUCCAAGGGCUCUAAGGGUGAUCCUGGAUUGUCAAUGGUUGGUCCACCUGGUCCGCGAGGUGCUCAAGGAUUGCGUGGUCCUAAAGGUGAUCGUGGUGGCCCUGGUGAUCGUGGAGACGUUGGUCAGCCCGGUAUUGUCGGUUAUCCUGGCGAGAAAGGUGAUAGUGGAACUCCUGGAAUCUCUGGUUUACCUGGUAUGGUUGGUCCUAAGGGAGAACCCGGUCCGAAAGGUCCCGCUGGUCUUCCGGGAGCUCCUGGUCGUCCAGGUAUUGAUGGUGUUAAGGGUUUGAUGGGUUUGAAGGGAGACGUUGGUGCUCAGGGUGUUAUUGGUUGGCCAGGACAGAAAGGUGAUACGGGUCCUCCCGGUAACGAUGGUAUGAAAGGUUUCCAGGGUCGCAAGGGAGUUCAAGGAUUACCUGGUGCUGCUGGUCUUCCAGGUUUGCAGGGACCUAAGGGCGAACGUGGCGAAAAGGGCGAUAAAGGAGAGUUCGGUUUGACUGGAGCUCCAGGUUUGACGGGUCCACCGGGACCUCUCGGUAUGAAGGGCGACAAAGGAUUGAUGGGCCCACCUGGUCUUGAAGGUUUGCCUGGAUUCGGCGGCGAGAAGGGAGAUCGCGGGUUCACUGGUGCUCCAGGUCUUCCUGGUGAACCUGGUGCGUCUUCGGAGAAGGGACAAAAGGGUGAACCUGGUGCUCCUGGAUUACGCGGAGUUGAUGGACGACCGGGUCUGAAUGGAAUGGUUGGAAUCAAGGGUGAACCUGGCUUGCCUGGAUACGGAAGACAAGGUGCUACCGGCGAAAAGGGAGAUCGCGGUAAUCCUGGCUUGGAUGGUUUGGCUGGACUUAACGGACAGAAGGGUGAUGCUGGCGUCACUGGUUUCCCAGGAAUUAAGGGCGAUAAGGGUAUUUCUGGUCUGCCGGGUAUUCCUGGAUCUCCUGGUAUGGAUGGUGCUCCGGGUCCUGAAGGCGCUCCUGGUCUAGCUGGAUUGAAUGGCGAGAAAGGUUCUAAGGGUGAGGCAGGUCGUAUUGGAGAGCGUGGUGAGCGAGGAGAAAAGGGUGAUUUGGGUCCUCCUGGUCCGCCUGGUUAUAUGGGACUGAAGGGUGAUCGAGGUGUUCCUGGAGAGCGUGGCACACCGGCUACCGUUGAGGCUAUCAAGGGUGACAAGGGUGAGUCUGGAUUCCCGGGUCCUGUUGGACUGCCAGGAAAGCCUGGAUUGCCAGGUUUGGUUGGAGAUAUGGGUCUUCAGGGUCCACCUGGUGCACAAGGACAGCCAGGUUUCCCAGGACCACCAGGGCUGAACGGACUUCAGGGCAUGAAGGGUGAUAUUGGUUUGAUAGGAGAAAAGGGUGAACCUUGUCCGGUUGUUAAGGGUGAGAAGGGUCUGCCGGGACGUCCAGGCAAGAAUGGUCGCGAUGGUGGUCCAGGACCUGUUGGGGAGAAGGGAGACAAGGGUUUGCCUGGAUUGGCCGGACCCCAAGGUAUGCCUGGUUUACCUGGUCCGCUUGGAAGACAAGGAGAAAAGGGCGAUCGAGGAGAUUCGGGUAUUGAAGGUCGCCCAGGAAAGGAUGGUCUGCCUGGUCCUCAGGGAAUUAAGGGAGAGCGAGGCUUCAUUGGUGAGAAGGGUAACGCUGGUCCACCAGGAUUCCCUGGUCCGCAAGGUGAGAAGGGAGAUCGUGGUCGGGAUGGUCGCGAUGGAUUCAACGGACCUCAAGGUAUGAAGGGAGAUCGUGGUCCACAAGGUUUGGAAGGUCCUCCGGGGUUGGUUGGUUUGUCUGGCGAGAAGGGAGACAAGGGACUUCGUGGUCCUCCUGGAUUAGAUGGUGUUUCUGGUGAGAAGGGUCAAAAGGGUGAAACUCCAGUGUUGCCACCACAGCGUAAGGGUCCGCCCGGUCCACCUGGUUACGAUGGUCAGAAGGGAGACAAGGGCUUGCCUGGAUUGCAGGGACCACCUGGUAUUCCGGGAGCUCCUGGUGCUCCUGGUGAGGUCGGUCUGCGUGGUAUCGAAGGUGCUCGUGGUCUUCAGGGACUUCGCGGUGAAAUUGGUUUGGAAGGUCGUCCUGGACGUGAUGGCUUCCCUGGAACGCCUGGUCCUAAGGGAGAUCCGGGAGCAGCGUGUACGCAUGCCCCUGACUAUCUUACCGGAAUUCUGCUUGUAAAACACAGUCAGUCCGAAGAGAUUCCUCAGUGCGAACCGGGCCACACCAAGCUGUGGGACGGUUACUCGCUGUUGUAUGUCGACGGAAACGACUACCCGCACAACCAGGAUCUGGGUUCGGCCGGUUCUUGUGUGCGCAAGUUCUCUACGCUGCCAAUUUUGGCUUGUGGCCAGAACAACGUCUGCAAUUAUGCCUCUCGAAACGACCGAACUUUCUGGUUGUCCACCUCGGCACCGAUCCCGAUGAUGCCCGUCAGCGAGCACGAAAUGCGACCGUACAUUUCGCGCUGUACGGUGUGCGAGGCCACGUCCAACGUGAUAGCCGUACACAGCCAGUCGCUAGCCAUUCCGGAGUGUCCCAACGGCUGGGAGGGUCUGUGGAUCGGCUACAGUUUCUUAAUGCACACUGCCGUUGGCCACGGUGGCGGUGGCCAGUCCCUGUCGGCUCCGGGCUCCUGUCUGGAGGACUUCCGGGCCACGCCCUUCAUCGAGUGUAACGGUGGCAAGGGCCACUGUCACUACUACGAGACGCAGACCUCGUUCUGGCUCGUUUCGCUCGAGGACCACCAACAGUUCGAGCGGCCACAACAGCAGACCCUCAAGGCUGGUAAUUUGCUCUCGAGAAUAUCCCGAUGCCAGGUGUGCACCCGCGUCUAGGGCACUUCCAUCUCGAGCAAGUCGAGCACAGUGAAGAAGAAGCAAAUCUCUAAUUUAUACAAAUAACGUGCCUUCUUAAGUUAUUAGAAACUCGUUAGGGAUUCGUUCUAAAAACAGUGAAGUAAAGCUAGAAUUUAUAUUAAAUAAAAGAAAAGUCCGAAAACAAACCAAAAAUAUGUAAAAAACUGAGAGUAUGUAAGUAAACGAGUUUAAAUUCCUGUAGCUUUUAUACAACGGUAUGCGCAAACGUGUUUUAGGUAAUAUUGGAGAAAAAAAACUGUGCUAGUUUCCUGUAGUUACAUUGUUGUUAGUAAUGCCACAAUACUGCCCACUUUUUGGAAUAAUUGCCUUUAAAAAAUAAAUUAAACACCGCCAACUUUCCAGUAAACCUCCCGAGCAACGAAUUUAGUUAGCAAGUAACGAAGUAUAUGUUUAGUUAUACCAGUGCGACUAAGCUUGUGAUUCAGUUUGAACUUUCGAUUUAUGUUUAACAGAGAUAACAAAAAAAACCGCAAAACUGCCCCUCCAAGCGACUAAACAUUCUCUUUUUCCGCAGACUCCAAGAGUAAACCAUGGUUUGAGUUUUACCAGUAGUUAGAAUCCAUGUGUUCAAGAUCGAGAGAGAAAUUUAACAACUCAAUCAAUUUGAAGCUAGUUUAACGAUAAGAUUACCAGCCAUCAUUGUGCCAUCGCAAAACAAAACAAAAGAAAAAGCAAACAGUCAUGAUGAUCGUACUUGAAAUAAAAUGUUGCCAUUCAAACAUAAACUCAGAUAC